ACUUUGUAUUGUACCUUGGCAGCCUAGAAAGUGGAAAGUUUUAUGCAGCGCGGAAACAGACGAUUUUUAUUUUUACCGUGCCCAUUACAUUUUUUUAUUUUUAUUUUUUUUUUAGUUCGUUCAACCUUCCCAUGCAAGUUGACUCAAUUUUAUGGCCCACAAAACAUAAUAUCUACCACAAAGCUCGAACUUUCCAGUUUUUAGAAGAGGGUUUCAUGGAUAUAAUCUUAUGACUCAUCGACGUUGAAUUGCUACUAUUGUGGCGAAGCAUUCCAGUCUCAAGCAUACAGGCACAUAGUGACUGCUUCAACUAAGAACUUGUCCUAAAGGGGCAGUUAUCUAGUAACAACUAUGCUACUAGCGAAAGGCAUCGAUCAAGGGGGCGUGAGUGGUGGUUCAAUAGCAGACGGAGGCGAGUUGGCUAUACCAACCACCAGGAUAUCGUCAGAUUCCAUCCCCGUCCACCCAAUGGGCGUCAAACCGCUUGGGAACCAGUAUCUUGCAUCUGGUCCAAACGCUCGUCGAUCUAUUGGUUCGAUGAACCAACUCCCAGACGAGAUGAUUUUGCAGAUUCUCGAAUAUCUCGAUACUACAUCUUUGAAAAAUAUCGGGUUCUCUUGUCGCUUUCUCUAUGCGUUUUGUCAACUAGACGACUUAUGGAAAGCUUUAUUCCUUGAGACUAGUUUUCCACCACUUACCUGGAAAGGUUCGUGGAGAAGCACGCUUUUGAGAGCACCCACUGGAUGGCGGUCUGGGAUUGACUGUAGCAAUGUCUUCUCUGAUGUCAUGCAUAGGCCAUUCGUCUGUGCUCAUAUUGCCCUUGGGAAAUACUCGUCAAAUAUUCCUGAAGCAAAUCAAAUUAUGCGGUUUGAACAACUUAGCUAUGAUGAUUUCGCAGAGAGUUGGAGUAGUAAGCCAUUCAUACUGACUGAUUGCAUUCAACGAUGGCCAGUAUGCAGCGACUGGAACAUCCAGAAAUUCAAAAACAAAUAUUCGAACGUUGAGUUUCGAGCCGAAGCCGUAGAUUGGUCUUUUUCGAUAUACCAUGAGUACAUGUCGAACAACAAAGAUGAGAGUCCUUUAUAUUUAUUCGAUAAGGGUUUCGCGGAGAAGAUGGACAUUCGGAUCGGAGAAGACGCGGGCGCCGUAUAUUGGCCCCCUGAGUGCUUUGGGUCAGAUUUGUUUCAGCUGCUUGGUGAAGAAAGACCCGCUCACCGCUGGCUUAUCAUCGGUCCUGAACGUAGUGGCUCGACGUUCCACAAAGAUCCAAAUGCGACUAGCGCUUGGAAUGCCGUUCUGGAAGGCUCAAAAUAUUGGAUCAUGUUUCCUCCGACCGCACGGGUUCCUGGUGUCUAUGUUUCAGAGGAUAGUAGUGAGGUCACUAGUCCUCUGAGUAUAGCUGAGUGGUUACUAGAGUUCCAUGCGGAAGCACGUACGCUGCCGGAUUGCGUGGAGGGCGUCUGCAAGGCAGGUGAAAUCCUGCAUGUGCCGAGCGGCUGGUGGCAUCUGGUCGUGAAUCUUGAGGCUGGCAUAGCUCUCACUCAGAACUUUGUGCCCAAAUCACAUCUUGCGGACGUAUUGUCUUUUCUCAAAGACAAGCCAGACCAGGUCACCGGCUUCAAAAGAAACAUUGAGAACCCGUCUCAACUUUUCGAAGAGCGAUUGAGGACGCAUUAUCCCGACCUUCUUGAUGAGGCUAUUGCUGAGUUAGAAAAGAGAAGUCAGAGAAAGAAGCGAAAAUGGGAGGAGGCAAUUGGGAAAACGAACGACGCCGAGAGUAAUGCUGGAGGGUUUAGUUUCGGUUUUGGCUUCGGAGACGAGGAUGAGGAUGAGAUUCCUUGAGUAGGUAGGUAGGUACCUAGGUAGGUAUUGAUAUUAAUGAGGCGGCUGAGU